CCCAACUCUCGUAAUUUUGAAAUGAAAUGAGAGGGAGACUUUAUAAAACUAGCGCCCAGCGCCUAGCGGUGGAGCCAAUCCUAUUCAAUCCUGCCACCCAUUUUAAGUUUUGAAAAUCCCCCGUCAACAGCGAAAGACCUUCGUUCGUGGGUAAAAAGGGACAUUUUUGGCGGGAAAAUCCUCCCACAAACUUUGAGCGAGUAUGGAAGGCAGCGAGAGCGAGGCGAUAUUCGAGUCGCUGAAUGUGAAGCCCCAACUCUUCAUCAACGAAACCCUAAACACCGUCGACGACUUGGUGGAUGACGCUUUUCAUUUCUUUCAGCAACAAGCCUCAACCCUUUUGAAUACCCAUGCCACCGACAGAUCCGAAGAUCUAACCAAGGGUAUUGCUAAUGUACGCAGUAUGGUUCAGUCGGUUUUGGAUAAGCGGCUGGCUAUGUGGGAGAAGUACUGUCUUCACCACUGUUUUGCUGUUCCUCAGAGGUUUUCUAUUCCCAAAACUGUAGGUUCACUCUGUUAAUUGGUGGGGUUAGGCAUUGAUAAACUUCAUGAUUAAUGCUAAUUUCACCUGCUGUGAGCUGUUAUUGUUGUUCUUUUCAUAAGAUAUUGACUGAUUGCGGGAUUUCUUAUUGUUGCAUUUUGUGCUUGUGGAAUAAUAUGCUCAUGCAACUGCGCUAGGCAGUUAUGUUUUAAGACUAGUACCACUCGCAUUCCAUUUUAGCUAUGCACUGUUGUUGUGAUUAUAAGGAUAAAUUUAUCCAGAUAUGGGAGGGUACCGCAUCCUGUUCUUGUUUUGACAGUAACAGUGUUAUCGCAUUCUAUCAUAUGUUAAAUCAAUCCAUGUAAGCUAUUUUAGAUAGCCUACCAGCAUUGUACUGCAUUUAGGGAGGGGAUGCGCCCAUGCUCACUUCCUUGUUCCUGUUCUGCUUUCCCUAACAAUCCCCAUUUUGGGUAACAUUGUUCUCUAGGAAAAAAAAUCAGUUGUGUUGCAAGCCUUUUGUACUCUUUCAUGGUCAACCACAUUUAGUUUGUAUAUAUAAAUAUUAGUCAUUUGGUUUCAACUAGUUCCCCUAUUUUCUUCUUGCUCUUGUUGAUCUUUUCACAUUUGAGCUAGAAGCUUCGCCUUUGUUAGCGUAAAAUCAUUAAGGGAACUACAUAUUGGGAUAGAUAAUCUUAUGCUUCAUUUGCUUGUUAUUUUUCUCUGAG